CGUGAGCUCGCUGGGUCGCUGGAGCUAUGGCGGAUCCAGAGCGUGGCGGUCGGGUCGAGACCCCGUCUCCCUCCAGCUUGACAAUCCCUUUGCUGGAGGACGAAGCUGCCAAGGGCCCAAAAGCUCCUGAUGGAGGGAUCUCGUGGCUGUCCGUCUUCAAUCUCGCAAAUGCAGCGAUUGGGGCGGGUGUCCUUGCAUUCCCCUAUGCCUUCAGGGAAGCAGGCGUUUUUGGGGGCCUUGCCGCCACAUUCAUCAUUGCUAUCAUCGAGAUUUCCGCACUGUGUGUCCUCACACGAUCGGCGCAGCGCUUUUCUGCCCCUAGCUACCAAGAACUCGUGUACACUGCGCUUGGUCAGCGCGUCUCCAACCUAGUGUCGUCCUUCAUGUGGAUCUACCUCUUUGGCAGCUGCGUCGCUUAUCUGAUCAUCAUUGGCGAUGUUUUCCAGCCCGCAGCGCAAACCCUCUUUGGCGCCUCCCACUUCCUCGCGCAGCGCUGGGUGGUCCUCUCGCUCUUUGCGGUCCUUGUGGUUCUGCCCCUCUGCCUCAAGCGCACUCUCCGCUCACUGGGAGUCGUCAGCUCGAUCGCUCCGACGACGCUCAUCUACCUAGCGAUUGCAAUCCUGUUGUACGGGGCGCGGCGGGUGGUUGUGACGGGCGGAAUACCAGAUGACGUGGUGCUCUUUGGAACAUUUACCGGGUACUGCAAGGCCGCCCCUAUCGUAGUCUUCGCUUUCCAGUGCCACAUACAGUGCAUGCCCAUCUUCUCGGAGCUCGUCCACCAUUACACGAAAGGUGUGAACCCACUCGACGCGGAAAAGUGGUCCGUCGUGCGCCGUCAGAUCAUCGUCUCCAUGGAUAAGGUCAUCCUCCUGGCCCUAGGCACGUGCCUCGUCGGCUACAGCCUGGUUGGCGCGUUCGGCUACAUCGCGAUCCCGGACGUCCAAAGUGACGUCCUCAGCAGUUUCGGCGAGGACAAUCUGGUCAUGUACGUGGCGCGCGUCGGCAUGGGCCUGGUGGCGAUCGUUUCGUACCCGAUCAACCACUUCCCGGCGCGUCUCAUCGAGAUGUCCGUCCUCAACUUCUUCUGGCCCCUCCCAAACCCUUACGAUCCCAAAAGAUACAUGCUGCGGUUCAACAUCCUGACAGUUGCUUACGUGGCGGUGACGUUAGCAGUCGCCAUCGCCGUGCAAGAUCUGGGUCAGGUAUACAUGGUCAUCGGGUCAACCGGUGGCGUUCUGGUCAUUUUCAUAAUGCCGGGGAUUUUGCUUCUGGAUGCCGCGGGGAUGCUUCCGAGCCGACGACGGACGCUGGUGUCAAGGCCCUGGGUUACCUCAGAGGCGGAGGGAUCUGACACCACAGAAAGAGCGAAACCGGAGGUGGAAUCCGGGCAGUCAAGCAGGCGGGUUAGCGAGUCCGGUAUACUCGUAGUCGAGGGUCGGUCAGAGUAUGAGGAAGCGAGUGCGAGAGGCGAGGGAUCCCCCUCCAUACAAACGAUCCCGUCCCCUCAUUUCACCAGCAUCCCGCAUGUGGGUCAGAGGCCAUCGGAAGAGUCGGAUGAAGCCGAGUCCGACUAUACGUAUCUCGGGAAGUCGCAGCGGAGUCUGGCCGCGCUAUGGGCGUUCCUCAUGAUUUUCAUGGGGGGCCUUAUCUUCGGCGUGACCGUAUGGAUAGUCGUAGUCAAACGAGGUGGGAUGGCAAGCUUUUGACAGGUAGAACAGCUCAACUUGACACAUGCUCGCGCCUUAAGUUGGGCGGUAUGCGAUCGCUCAGACUCUUACGGACUUGAUCUGAGACUUUGUGCAAUUCACCAUUGAAUCAGAAGCAACAUAAUUUAC